AUUAAUUCGGCGACUUUUACUAACAUUCUGUAUUUCAUUUUUAGAUCCAGCGACUCGGAAUGGGACCAAUUAAUGAAGUUCGCCCUAAGAAAAGCAGAGAAGUUUGUGAAAACGGUAGCCAUCGAGCUUCACAUUCCAUCGGAACAGACUGGGGACAACGAAGUAUACGCUCCUCGAUUUUUAGACGAAAUCGCGGACGAGAUCGACACCUUGGAGAACAAAAAGGACACUCUAUUUUCUCGCCAUCAGUUCAAGAAGCUCCUGUUACCGAUGCUGAUCGUCUUGAAGCUAUUCAAGUUGAAAUUACUAUUGUUCCUACCUCUGAUCCUGGGUCUGGCGUCCUUCAAGAAGUUCCUCGGCUUCUUGGCGAUCGUGAUACCAGGUCUGAUUGGCUUCUUCAAGCUGUACAAGCCGCUCAGCCAGAAUUAUCAUCCUCCAGUGUACAGUCAGAGUGGCAUCGCUUACCCUUAUUACAAAGACAAUUCGAAUAAUUAUGCGUAUCAUGAGCAAGACGCUCAUCACGGUCCAGAGUACCAGGAUUACCAUAGGGACACCGUGUCCUUCGGCCAGGAGCUUGCUUAUCGAGGCUACCGAGAGUAUCAGUCGUAAAAAGCUGAACAAUUUCAGCAUUACUUUAAAUAAUACUCAAUACUCUCUCCUACAAUAGAUAAAUACUUUCGCCAGAUUAAUCGAUACUUUCAAGGUCACUGAAUGUAGAAGAAGGUUCCAUCUUCUAUCUCCAUGACUUCUUCUAUCUCGAAAUUAUAGCGUCUCCGCAUCUUUCUAUGACAAAUUUUAACAAUCGUUUAGUUAAAAGAGUAUUUUUCGAUAUCUUUUAGAAGAGUUUAUUUAGUUGUUAAAAUUGUAGAGAGAUGAAAGUAGGAUCGUUUUAGGAGAAAUUUCGAGGUUUCACGCUGCAGGAUGUUACUAUAUAUGAACAGCGUGUUAUUUAGAUGCUAUACAUUGUACUUAGAAGCCACGUGAUCAUUUGCAACACUGUGUCGGCCUGUAAAUAUUACUUAGUUAUUAUUAAGUCUCGCCACUUUCACCAGAAAAUUAUUUAUUUCGUAGUACCGUAAGAUUUUGUAUUUUAUAUCUGUGCUAGCGAUUAGUAUCAAUAUAUACGAACCAGUCGUUCGCUUUUAACA